AUGGUGUGUCCCUUCGCAAUUUCUCUCGCCGAAACGAUAUGUCACAUUCUCUUGGGCUGUAGCUUUAGUCGUUCAUGCUGGUCUCUCUCGGCAGUGCACGUUACUGGUGCACACGGUGAAGAUUUCAGCGACUGGUUUUUUGCUUUAAUGGCCUCUAAUCCUCCUGAAGUGGUUCGGGAAGCAGCUAUGAUUAGCUGGAAAAUAUGGGCGGUCCGUAAUGAUCUUGUGUGGAAUGACAAGACUUGUUCAGCGUAUGAAGUGGUUCGAUCGGCUAGAGUCGUCCUUGACCAAUGGUUAAGUGCUCAAUCACAAAAACAUGGGGCAUUAUUAAUAGAUGAUAUUAAUAAUGUUACUGAGCACUGGAAGAAACCAAUGUUAAAUAAGGUUAAGGUCAAUGUUGAUGGUGCCAUUUUUCAAGCGGAGAACAAGUUCGGUUUUGGAUGUAUAGCAAGAGAUCACAAUGGACAGCUUAUUGAAGCUAUCUCAGGGAGCCGAGUUGGAUUGGUUCAGCCUUUGAAGUUCUUGAAGUAUUUGGGGUCAAAGAAGCCUUAA